CUCGCGCCGCACAAAAACAAACCGAGACACACAAACAGGAGGAGCACACAUCCCCACCCCCCGAAAAAAGAAAAAGAAAUACUACUAUCAAGAAAUCCCACGCCGCGUUGGCCUCCUCGCGAUCCCCCUCCAGGCCUGUCGAUUUGCUCCCCGGUGGCCACGACGACCUGCGCGCGAUUCGUCCUCCUCCCCUCUCCCCUGUUCACCUCCGGAUUCCGUGGUGGUGGUGGUGGAUCUCCGCUUCGAGCUCCCCUCCCCCGCCCGCCACUGGCGGCCGUGUAGGCCUUACUCGGAGUUUUGCGGGCGGCGUGGGUGGUGGGCGAUGGGGAUUGGCCGAGCGCGCUGGGUGGCGCUGCUUGUCGGCCUUGCGGCGGCGGCGGCGGCGGCCGUGGUGACCGUGGGCGCGUCCGAGGGCGACGCCGAUCCGCUCUACAGAUCCUGUGUUGAUGAAUGCAAAAAGACGGGUUUUCUCCGAGAUGCCUCCGUGAGGCACUGUCAGGUCCCGACUGAUGACCAUCCUGCUGACAAAUCGUGGUACGCACAUGAACCAUUGUACUUGCAGUGGAAAGAAUGGAACUGCAAGAGUGAAUGCAGAUACCACUGUAUGAUGGAGAGGGAAAGUGAAAGGGAACAACUUGGAUUGGGAGCAAUUAAGUAUCAUGGCAAAUGGCCUAUGAAGCGUGCAUCUGUGUUUCAGGAGCCUGUUUCUGCUGCCCUCUCUGCACUCUCUCUUCUUGUACAAUUUAACGGGUGGCUUUCCUUUUUCCUCCAGCUUUCUUACAAGCUCCCUCUUAGGCCCGAAACUCAAAUGACGUACUAUGAAUACACUGGUCUGUGGCAUAUUUAUGGCCUCCUGUCCAUGAAUGCAUGGUUUUGGCGUGCUAUCUAUCAUAGUUGCGAUACAUCUUGGACUGAAAAGUUGUAUUAUUCAUCAUUUGCUGCUUUUAUUGGGUACUCCCUUAUCCUGGCGAUAUUGCGAACUCUAAAUCUGAAGGAUGAAGCUUCAAGAGUGAUGGUUGCAGCUCCAAUUUUGGCAUUCACAACAACUCAUAUUUUGUAUCUCAAUUUCUAUGAACUUGAUAAAGAUCUAAACACGAAGGUUUGCACUGCUGCUAGCCUUGUUCAGUUCCUUCUAUGGGCAAUAUGGGCUGUGAUGACGAAGCAUCCUUCAUGUUUUAAGAUCUUGAUUGUCAUUAUUGGAAGUUUAUCCUCAAUAGUCCUCGAAACCUAUGACAUUCCUCCACGCUGGGGAUACGUAGACGGUCGUGCAUUGUGUGUAGCUGUGUCUAUUCCCCUCACAUAUCUCUGGUGGACAUUUGCAAAGGAGGACGCUGAGAUGCGCACUACAGCAAUCAUCAAGAAAACAAGGUAGUGCUCUGCACAAGUGGAUUGCACAAGUAUUUGUGCCUUUGUGAAAUCUUAUGCUGCAGAUUUAAUCUUCCCUUGUAAAAAUUUGAUCGUUCAUGCUCUUUCUAGGCAGCUUGUGAAUUAUGUUUUUUUCCAUCCCUUUUUGCCUCAGCUCAGAGGUUUAGGGUUAAUGCUUAGGGUGUGACUAGUCACUUUAUAUUCAUUUUCCUGUAAUUCGACAGUGUAACACGGUAUGCUUGUAGCUGUGGUAAUGUAACAGAGGAACGUAGAUCCCGAGCUUUCUGAAUGUAUCAUUGCGAUUUGUGACAUAAUAAUAUUGGUUCAUGAAAGCAUGUGAUGGUUGUGCUGUC